GGCGGAGUAUAAGAGCGGCGGGGAGCGGCGGGCGGCAGACGCCUGGAGACCGUCCCGGACCGCGGAGCCCGAGCCCCGCAGAGCCGCCAGCCCGCGCCAGCCCGCGCCCGCUCCGCGCUCCUCCGCCCCACCAUGGCCCGGGGCCUGGGCCUAGCGCUGCCGUCGCCGUCGCUGCUGCCGCCGCUCCUGCUGCUGGCGGCGGUGAUCGGCCACGCGGCCGCGCAGGACAACUGCACGUGCCCCACCAACAAGAUGACCGUGUGCGACCGCAGCGGCCCGGGCGGCCGCUGCCAGUGCCGCGUGCUCGGCUCCGGCCUGGAGGUCGACUGCUCCACGCUCACGUCCAAGUGCCUGCUGCUGAAGGCGCGCAUGAGCGCGCCCAAGAGCGGCCGCGCGCUGGUGCGGCCGAGCAAGCACGCGCUGGUGGACAACGACGGCCUGUACAACCCCGACUGCGACCAGCAGGGCCGCUUCAAGGCGCGCCAGUGCAACCAGACGUCCGUGUGCUGGUGCGUGAACUCGGUGGGCGUGCGCCGCACCGACAAGGGCGACGAGAGCCUCCGCUGCGACGAGCUGGUGCGCACCUACCACAUCCUCAUCGACCUGCGCCACCGCCCGGCCGCCCGCGCGUUCAACCACUCGGACCUGGAUGCCGAGCUGCGGCGGCUCUUCCGGGAGCGCUACCUGCUGCACCCCAGGUUCGUGGCGGCCGUGCACUACGAGCACCCCAUCAUCCAGAUCGAGCUGCAGCAGAACGCAUCGCAGAAGGUCGCCGGCGACGUGGACAUCGCCGACGCCAGCUACUACUUCGAGAGGGACGUCAAGGGCGAGUCGCUGUUCCCCAGCCGCGGCGGCCUCGACGUGCGCGUGCGCGGAGAGCCCCUGCUGCUGGAGAGGACGCUCAUCUACUACCUGGACGAGAAGCCCCCCCAGUUCUCCAUGAAGCGCCUCACCAGCGGGCUCAUCGCCGUCAUCGUGGUGAUCGUGGUGGCCCUGGUCGCCGGCGUGGCCGUCUUGAUGAUCACCAACCGGAGGAAGUCGGGGAAGUACAAGAAGGUGGAGAUCAAGGAACUGGGGGAGAUGAGAAAGGAACCGAGCUUGUAGGUACCAGCGGGGCUGGGGUGGGAUGGGGGUAUCGGAUUUCAGCAAGGUCCCAGACCCAAGUGAGUCACACUUCUUGAUUCUUGGCUGCAAGGAGACAUUUCUCCUCCCAAAUUCCUGCCUCCUCCCACCGCCACCAAAUUUAAUAGAUCCUGUUCUCAGGGUCACCCGUCUUUCUGACUUCUGUCCUGAAGGAUGCAUUUCUAAAAUUCCUCCCCUUUCGGUCCAACCAGAAACCCGACUCGAAGAGUUCAGGGAAGUUUGGCGUAGGGUUAUGUAUGACAAUCAAAUGUCUUUGUGACAACCCCGCGUCGUUUACAAGUGAGACAAUCGAUGCUGAAGGCUUAGAUGGGAAACAGCGCUUUUACGGUCUUGGGUUUAAGUUAUUUGAUUAGCUCCACUUGUAUUGUGGCCUUGGAGUUCGCUAAUAGGGCCCGUGUAGUAUCCUCAUUCACCAUCGUUUGUAUUACCCACCACACAUACUUGUCUCUGGGAAGGCAGCCUGUUUCAGGUGCCUAAACACAUUUUAGAUGUCUUUGUUUGCGGGCAGACUUUGGCCCAGAAACUCAGCAUCUGCUCUUCAACUUGCCCUUAUUGCAGCUGAUACUGGUAAUGUUUAUUUUGUAAAAUGUUUGUACAUAGGUUGUCCUUGAUAAUGCUGUUGUGAUUUUUUUUUUUAAACACAGAUUUAAUAAAAUAUGGAAAAGGCAUAAACCAAAAGAUGGAGUUUGUGAAAACUUGCUCCAGAUUUAUAUCA